UGGGCGCGUAGCCCUCGCCUGCCGCAGCCCGCAGGAGUCGCCGCUGCUGCUGCCACCGUGCGCCCCCAGCGCUCGCCCCCGACUCGGCCUGGGUAACCUCUGCCCCAGUCUCUAGUCUCUAAGGGCGCAGGCCCCCAUGUGCGGGUCUGCUAAACUACACACCACAGGCUCCAGGAAAGGAGCAGACACCUGCAUUUGUCACAAUGCUCUCAUCCAGCGACUUUGCAUCUGCUUCUUGGGCUCUCGUGAUCCUAGUUGACCAUCCAAGUGAAGGGCAGAAAGAAGUCCCACUGAGAGUGUCCGGAGACCUGCAUAUUGGGGGACUGAUGCUCAAGUUGGUAGAAAAGAUCAACAUAGCCCAAGACUGGUCAGACUUUGCCCUUUGGUGGGAGCAGAAGCAUUGCUGGCUUCUGAAAACACACUGGACUCUGGACAAAUGUGGAGUCCAGGCAGAUGCAAAGCUUCUCUUUACCCCUCAGCAUAAACUGCUUCAGCUCCGCCUGCCCAACAUGAAGACUGUGAGAUUACGAGUCAGCUUCUCAGCGGUGGUUUUUAAAGCUGUCAGUGACAUCUGCAAAACCUUGAAUAUUAGAAGACCAGAAGAACUUUCCUUGUUAAAGCCUUCUGGUGACUAUUUUAAAAAGAAGAAGAAGAAAGACAAAAAUAAUAAGGAGCCUGCAACUAAAGAUAUUUUGAACCUGGAGAGUUCUCCAACAAUUUCAGGCUCACCAGUCAGUCCCGGUUUAUACAGUAAGACCAUGACACCCACGUAUGACCCUGUCAAUGGAACGCCGGCAUCAUCCACCAUGACUUGGUUCAGUGACAGCCCUUUGGCUGAACAAAACUGCAGCAUCCUGGCAUUCAGCCAGCCACCCCAGUCCCCAGAGGCGCUGGCUGAUAUGUACCAGUGUCGGUCUCUGAUGGAUAAAGCCAAGCUCAAUACAGGUUGGCUAGAUUCCUCGCGUUCCCUUAUGGAACAAGGCAUCCAGGAGGAUGAGCAGCUGCUGUUACGAUUUAAAUACUACACUUUCUUUGACUUGAAUCCCAAAUACGAUGCUGUUCGAAUAAACCAGCUCUAUGAACAAGCCAGGUGGGCCAUUGUCUUAGAAGAAAUUGACUGCACAGAGGAAGAAAUGUUGAUCUUCGCAGCCCUGCAGUAUCACAUUAGCAAACUGUCAUCGUCUGCUGAAAUACAGGAUUUUACAAAUGAGUCUGAGGUCGAUGAAGUAGAAGCAGCACUUUCUAACUUGGAAGUGACCCUAGAAGGUGGAAAAGCAGACAACGCGUUGGAGGACAUUACUGAUAUACCUAAACUUGCAGAUAAUCUCAAAUUAUUUAGGCCCAAGAAGCUAAUAUUAAAAGCUUUCAAACAAUAUUGGUUCGUCUUUAAAGAUACAUCGAUAGCCUACUUUAAAAAUAAGGAACUUGAACAAGGAGAACCAAUAGACAAACUAAAUCUUAGAGGCUGCGAAGUCGUGCCAGAUGUACAUGUAGCUGGAAGAAAAUUUGGAAUCAAGUUACUAAUUCCUGUUGCUGAUGGUAUGAAUGAAGUGUAUUUGAGAUGUGACCAUGAACAUCAAUAUGCCCAGUGGAUGGCUGCCUGCAUCUUGGCAUCGAAGGGCAAAACCAUGGCAGACAGCUCCUACCAGCCAGAGGUCCUCAACAUCCUCUCAUUUCUAAGAAUGAAAAACAGGAACUCGACUUCUUCGGUGGCCUCCAGCAUCGAAAACAUAGACAUGAACCCAGAAUGUUUUGUGUCACCUCGUUGUGCAAAAAAACACAAGUCUAAACAGCUCGCAGCCCGGAUUCUGGAAGCCCACCAGAAUGUGGCCCAGAUGUCCCUGGUGGAAGCCAAGCUGCGGUUCAUUCAGGCGUGGCAGUCUCUACCUGAAUUCGGCCUCACCUAUUACCUUGUCAGAUUUAAAGGAAUCAAGAAAGAUGACAUUCUGGGAGUUUCCUAUAAUAGGUUGAUUAGAAUCGAUGCAGCCACUGGAAUUCCAAUUACAACGUGGAGAUUCACAAAUAUGAAACAAUGGAAUGUAAAUUGGGAAAUCCGGCAGGUGGCGAUAGAAUUCGACCAGAACGUCUCCAUUGCGUUCACCUGCCUGAGUGCAGAUUGCAAGAUCGUGCAUGAAUACAUUGGUGGCUACAUUUUCUUGUCCACCCGCUCCAAGGACCAGAAUGAAACGCUUGAUGAGGACCUGUUCCACAAGUUGACUGGCGGUCAGGAGUGAAGCAGACUUCACUGAAACACACCAAGGGCAAGCCAAAGGUGGUCUUUGCCGGACAGUGGGAUCUGUGGUUUGCACAGUGCAUGGAGUCCAGCCUGACACACUGCCACUGGCCACCCAGAUCCUCACCUCAUUUCAAACACACUGCCUUGCACACCCUUUUCCUUACUUUGCCCUAUGCAGCGGAAGAGGCCUCGGUUGCCUUUUCUGUAAAAUGGCAGGGCGGGAGAAAGGAGAACCUGCAAGUGUAUGGCUAGAAGUUUUCCCUCUGCUUAUCUGCCCCAUUGCCAUGUCAGCAUAGAAAACAGAAACUUUAAAGGUACAUGUAGGGAGCACAGACCUUAUUCCACAAACUCAGGGAUACAAAGAAGUAGGUCAUUCCUUAACAGAAGAGCUUUGGGCUUCCAUCUUGUGAAAAUAGCAGAGGGCAUCCACACAUACACUUUUUCCCUGGAAGUCAAGGUCUAGAGGUGGGAUUACCUGGUACCAUUUAGUGACAAGGGGUCAAAGCAGUGGCUCUCAGUGUCAUCAGUCCACAGUGAUUUCUGCCAAAGUAACCACUGACCCAUCUGGUCUUGCGCAUUGGUCCUCUAAGGUUACUGCUGCCACCCACAAGUCCCACUUCAUUCCUGGGGAUCCCUAAGUCACUUUUAAGGCCUUGAUGACAUGGGUGACAUAGGUACAGGGAACUUGUACAUUCCUCAACUCAGCUCCAUGUCUCCACUGUUUCUACUCAGGGUCGGGGCUCAGAAAGACAGGCUCAGUUCUCUCUGUUCAUCAAAACCGCCCCCCCACACACACACACAUCCAAGCUUCCAAUGAGGUCCCCAUCCCAAAUGGUCAGAAAGAGCAGGGCAGGACACAGGCCCGGCCCAUUCCCAAAGACUGCCAUGUUCAAGGGCUGAUGGCUUCCCCACUGGCUUCCGUCGAUGGGGCCUUUGCUGGUCUUGGGGCAGAGAAGACUUGCUCUUAUCAUUCUGCAGUGUUCUCCUGGAUUUGGUGCCUGUUUAUAUGACUCCUGGCCUUUCCCUUUCAAGGCUUUGACUUUUGUAAAUCAAAAGUCAACCAUAGACUUCUUUUCUCCCUGCCUUAAGACAUAAGCAUAGGCCCAUUAACCACCGCCUCAGCUGUCAUUUUCUGUUUUGGUUUGUCAGCAUUGUGGGGAAUGGGUUUUCAGAAGGUAAAAAACAAUACCAAGGGUAGAGGGAAACAUCGGAUAACAUUUUAUUAUUUCUUUUAAAUGUUCUGUCACACAAAGGAUUUGGGUUACCAGGAUAAGGCAGAGAGACUCUGUUUCCAUUUUGAAGUUCUCUAGGAUGCAAACUUCAGGGGGCCUGGCCAGAGCUCAGAUGCCAGGAAGCAUCAGCUAGCUAUUGAUUUAUUUCCUAACAAAGCCUUUGGAGAAGAGAGAUCUCCAGAAUUCCUGGAGUCACAUUGAGACAGCCUUGGAUAGGGACCCCCGGGCUCUGAGCCAGAAGCUGUCACUGGAAAUUCCUCUUUCAGCUUCUCCUGAGAGAUGCAUGUUAAUAAAGACUCCCCGGAUACCAGCUGAGCUUCUGAGGCCUAACUUUAAAGCUCAGAGAUGGCUUGGGCACUUGGAAAAUAUGGUUCAUGUCAUAAAGAACUUAGUUUUAAAUGUUUUAUAUAGAAUCCAGUGCUGAAUGUACUGUGUUAAACUUGGUGUUUGUCAAACUUGGUGUUGGUCAUUUCUGUAGAGUCCUGUGCUCAAUUAUUUUAGAACCUAGUCAGGUCUUUAAGAUUAUGUCAGGCCCUACAUUAAAAUAAUGCCCCUCAAUGUCUCAUUUCACCUGUCUGCUUCCAGGUGCAACUCUGUAUAAUUUACCAAAGCUAGACUUUCAGUACAACCCUCUUCCUUAGCUUUUCAGGGUUGUCUGAUGUUUCCAUGAAAACACUCAAAGGAGUUGACUGGUUUUAACCAAACUUUCAGGGAACAUUUAUCCCAUGACUACACAGCCACAUCUCAAAGGAAUAAACUAGUGUGACAAGAACACCUUAAAUGCUGCUAUUCCCAAGAGCAACUUCAGGACUUUUUUUUUUUUUUUUACUUUGGGUGCAAAAAGUCAUCUGACUACUUAUGAUGAAAUUUUAAAUUAAUGUGUGCCUUUCAACUCCAUUUGCUUUCUUAUCUACACUAGAUUGGGAAAUCUGGCGUUUUUAUUAUUUUUGUGUGACUUUUUUCAUUAAAUAGUUUAUAUGGA